AUGGGGAGUGAAUGCAGCAUCAACAAACGCUGUUAUGAUAUUAGCAUGUCAAAGAGGACUAGAAAGUCAUUUCAUUAUAGCGUCCCAGUCCCAGAUGCCAAUCAAACUACUUGUGGAGAAAUCAUUCCUGCUCUUGAGAGCUUUCUGGAUGGCAAUGGAGGAGAUCAGAGUUGUCCCUCAAAGUCGAGAGUUGAAGAUGGUGAUCAAGACAAUGAUAAUCGUAAAAGCUUUAAGCAGCUGAUCGAUGGGGAUGAAAAAGCAAAGCUGAUCAUCAAGUCGGGUGACCAAGGGAGCAGAGCAAGAAGUUCACUAGGCCAACACUUCACUGAUGAAGAGAAUCACCUUCAACUGGUCAAGAAGCAGCAAAAAGCAGUGGGUUUGCAAGGAGUGAAGCUGAAAAAAUUGGUGAGUCGUUGUGCCAAAGUUUUUAGACAUUUGGUCAAAGCCGAGAGCGAUCCAACCCUAAGAGAACCUAGGCAGGCUGUUCUUCGUUUAACUAUGUAA